AUGCAUAUUUUGCAGUCGCCGGAUGGAUCAUGGACCAACUGGUCGAUUGCCCGAGCAAUGGUGAACGACAAAAAGAAGCUUGUCGGCCUUUGUAUUCAACCUCAACAUAUUUGGCAAAUUCGAGAAACGUGGAAGGAAGGCAAGGAUGCUCCGUGGCACUCGCUCUGGGCGUGCCACCGGCGGCCAUCAUCGCAGCUGGUCUGCCUAUUCCAGACGGAGUGUCAGAAUUGCGAGAUGAACAAUAUGCUUGUCCCAGCGACCAGUGAGAUUGUUUUCGAAGGGACAUUUUCAACUAUCGAGACAGCACCCGAAGGCCCAUUUGGAGAGUACUUCGGCCAUUUAUUCAACACAGCACCGCGCCACAUUCCAGUGUAUAAUGUGGAUGCAAUUACUUAUCGUGAUGGUGACAUAAUGCCUGUAUUCGUCCCCGGAAAGCUCACAGAUGAAUCGAUAAGUAGAAUAUUCGAAAAAGUUUGA